CGCCGGGCCUCCCUCCUCCCCAUUUCGAACGCCAAACCCUAACCCCCCCGCCUCCAUGGACGUCGGCAGCGGCGGCUGCCUCCCGCUCCCGUCCCCGGCGACGGAGGACGAGACGAUCGCGCGGAGGCGCUCCCGCCGCGUCAGCUUCGCGGAGAUCACCGCGGUGCACGUCUUCGACCGCGACGAGGACUUCGAGACACCCCCGGAGGAGCGGGCCGCCGCCGCCGCCGCGUCCCCAUCCCCGUCCCUGUCCCCUUCCCUCUCCCCGGGGAAUCCCGCGGCGGCGGAAGGCGAGGAGACGGAGGGGGAGGACGAGGGGGAGGACUUCGUGCCCGCGCCGUUCCGCUUCGUGAACAACGAUGUGGAUUUGUCCUCCCCUGGCAGCGCCGCUGGAUCCCUCGUCUCCAACGACGAUGAGGAUUUCUUUGGGCCUGUGUCGAGAAGCUUUAUUCUAUCUGGAAGACCAUCAGAUUCUGGAAUGUCAGAGGAUGGAAACCAUGAUAUAACUUUAGAUUCGGAAACAUUCUCAAGGCAUUUUCGUAGUGUUGCUCCUCCUGAUGACUGUUCAAUCAAUUCAGUUGGAAGUCUAAGGACACCCAAUUCAGCAUCUACAGGGCCAUUGAAAGAACAGACUGGAUCAGGGUAUGAUGGAAAGUCGUAUAAUAGCCGGGAUGCAUUGACUAACAUGAGCCUGCUGGCAGAUAACCCUGAGCGUUAUGAUUAUGCUAAGCUAUCACCCACACUGAGCAAUUUGUUGCGGAAGGUAAAAGAUGUCCACGGACCAAUGUCUCCUAAAAAUGGCACUGGUACCGUAACUCCUGAUCAUAGUUCAGCUUUGGUUGCAUCCAAGAAAAAAAAUAGGGAAGAAAAAUCAUCUAUCGGCAAUGGUAUCUCUUGUAGUGAGAUGGACACUGUUGGUUCUCUUGCGGAACACGUUCCCAUUAGGAAUCCAGUAGUUACUAGCACUGAUCCAAUUCAAGAGGAUAAUGCAAUGACAGUCAAUGUAAAUGUGAAAUCUCAGGAGAACUGCAACAAUGGUCAUGCAGUUAUUCUUGUUGAUGUCAAUAAAAAUGUACAUCCUCCUGCAAUGCUCUCUCCGCCAUACAAGUCUCUCACGAGUGAUAACAACUUUCAGCCUCAUCUCUUGGACCAACAACCGUCAAAAGAUCAACCACCUGGAACAUACUGCACCACAAAUGAUAACUAUUUGUGGCCUAGUGCAGUUUCUGCCGUUCCAACGAACAACGGUGAGCAGCAGCAGCAACAAAAUCAUGUGAUGGAUGUAGAAGCCAUUCCAAAUACUCCAAAAACUGUAGUUCAGAUCUCCGAAACUUCACAAGGGUCUAUAUCCUCCCUACGUUCCAAAAGGCGACAACUUUUCAGUCCUAUUGCUCUUUCGACUAGUAAUGUGGUAAGCCAGGAGGCUUCUUCUUUGGGGAGCGAGUUUGUAAAACAUGGAAAGAGAAUUUUAGCUCUGAGGGAUAAUCUAAAAUCCAGUAUUUAUGAAUCACCUGCAACUCAUAAUUUCCGAUUACCACAGAUAGAAAGGAAUGCAUUUGGUCUUAAACCAAAUGCCAUUGCUGGCAAUGCAGAAAAUCACGAUUCCACCAUGUCAGUUUCUUCUAAUUCUGUUCCACAGCGCCACCUAAAGAAAUCUGGCCAAGCUUCCACUUUAGGUACUCCAAGGCAGGAGCUGAAUGAGGUCACUAAGAUUCAGGAGAUGCCGUGCAAUGUUCUUAUAAUGGAUGACCAACCUUCCCAUGAGUGCAAUGCUAUUAAGGAUUUAGAUGGGGCUGGAAGAAAAAGGAGUAUUAAUGAAAAUAGUCAUGCUGAACUAGAGCGUCGUCAGAAAUUAACAAAGGCACCAAGAAGUCCAGCAACAUCACUAAAACAGCUUCCUUGCGUAUCCUUGUCGUCUAAUAUGAUAGAAGAAAAGCAGAGUGAUGCUCAUGGCAGCGAACAAUCAAUAAAUGUUGAUUGGAGCAAGGUAGUAUUCAUGGUAUCUAAUGCCAUGAGCCAAGUUUUGUCAACAUCUAUAAGUAAGGUUAAACCACAUCAGCUUGACAUGAUUGAAGAUAUGCUGGAGGAAAUCCAGAGGGCUAGAAACUUUAAUAGGCUUUCUACUGCCGUGAGGAUUCAAGAUUGUGGCAGUGAUAAGCAGAAGAGAUUAGCUGAGGCAAGAUCUCUCAUUGACAAGCUUUUGUACGAAAAGGCAAAGCUGCAAAUAAAUCAUAUGAAACUAGAGAAACUGCAGAGUAGAGCACAGGUAUGCCAAGCUGGAAUCCAAGAGUGCCGCUAUUUGAAAUCAAAGAUUUCAAACCUUAAGGGUAGUCCUCGUCAUGCAACAACUGUGGUCACUGCCAGUGACAGACAGGAAGGACUUGCUUUGAUAACUGAAAAGCAGCUUGCACUCAACAUGGUUAAAAAGAAGGUGGAGGGAUCAAGGAGUUCUCUUGAAUUUUUGUGCAGCACUAAAGGUGAUAUUAGCUGCGAUGAACUUAUCAGGGCUGCUGAACAGCACUUGGAGAUGAAGAAUCAAUGUCGGAUCGUCCACCAGCAAUCAUGGCUGUGGGAAUUGAAUGACCUUGUUAAAAGGGAAAAUAGGCACGAUAUCAUUCUGAACUAUUGCAGUUUGUUGUCCCAAAGGAUUGUCUUAAACAUUAGUGAUAUGUCCAUAUUUGUGAAUAAUUUGUUGAGUGGAACCAAAAUAGACCAGAAAUUUCCAAAUUUGAAUGCAUCUGUGGCAUUCAGUUAUGUUUUUGAGUCUGAGGUGAACCAAAGAGUCAGUGGCUUAAGAUCAUUGCAGAAGAAGACAAUGGAAACAAGUUUGCUACUUGGUAAUCUUAUUGAUGUGCUAGUGGAAAUCAAGAUCGCUAAAUUGGAGUUAUUGAAUCUGACCUCUGCGGCUUUCGAUAUGGAAUCCCAGACAUUAGGUCAGCUUGCCUUCUCUCUCUGCUUCAUGAAUUUCAAGAGAGGGAAGAUAAUUUCUUUCACCAUUGACAUGACAGACUUGAAUCGCGCGAUCUAUCCGUCUGAGCCAUCCGAGUUGCUGAUGAAGGUGUGCGAAUCUAACACGACGGUGGUACAACCAGACCUGGACAAGCUUAUGUCUUCUUUAAGGGACCUUCAGCCAGGACGCUUGAUGAUCCUAAGGCUUUGCCGGAUGGCCUCUAAGCUAAUGUAUGAAUUACCGGGCUGAGCCUAUUUCUCCAUCUACAAAGUAGAGCGAAUAGCGUGGGUAAUAUUACUACUACUAUGUAAUAUUUUAGUGGUUUCCGUAUGCAUGCAAUGUUUUUGUGGUAUCCUCGGUGGCUUUCAAUCAAUCCAUUGAAAGCGUUUGUAUAUACAUCUGGGAAUUGGGUGUAUUGGCACCAUUUAUGUAUAAUCGUGCAGGCGUUUUAACUUCUAAGUCUGGCAAGAGGCCUAAGUUAACUUAAC